AUGAGUGACUACGGAGAGGAAGCACCACCCCCCGACGCCGAGGGCCUUGACCGACCGGACGAACACGAAGACGAGCUGGACGACCUGCAUGAUGAAUUUCAAGAUCCUCAGCCAGAACACGAUGCCGAUACUCGUCCAAACCCAGCCGACGAUUCUGACGAUGAAUCGCUCCUCUCUGAGGUCGAUGAGGCCCAAUUCGCAGAUUUCGACCCCAAGGCUGUCGAAGUUGCCCCCGACUUCGACACGCUGAACAAAUCCAUCAAGGUGAAGAAGAGAAAAAGAGCCGAAGGUGAGGAACUUGCACCGAAGAAGAAGAAGGAGCGCAGAAGGGAGAAGAAACCACGACGAGCAGAGAGUGAGGCCUUUUCUGGUGGCGAUGAGGUUGAGGGCAAGAGAUCGCGCAGAUUGAAGGCGGCGGAUGGCGAAAGUCAACGGCGCGAGCGUGUGGAAAUCAAUGAAGAGGACCUGACACCUGAGGAGCGCAGAAGACGGGCGUUGGAUCGAGCAAUGGACGCUGCGGUCAAGAGGUCAUCAGGCAAGAGAAUGAGAAAGGGCGAAAUCGACCUCGAGCAAGCCGCAGACGCAGAGAUCGAGGACUUGCGUAAUAGGAUGAUAACAGCGGCGGAAAUGGACGGAGAACUAGUUCGACAAGGGUUGCCAGCCUCUCAGAAACUCAAGAUGUUACCCGAGGUGGUGAGCCUGCUGAACCGGAACACCUAUGUGCAAUCUAUUCUCGACCCGGAGAUGAACCUGCUGGAGGCAGUACGAUUCUUUUUGGAACCUUUGACCGACGGCAGUCUACCGGCCUACAACAUCCAGCGUGAGCUGUUCGCAGCUCUUGCCAAGUUGCAGAUGAACAAAGAGACCUUGAUCUCUUCCGGCAUCGGCAAAGUUAUCCUGUUUUAUCGCAAAUCCAAGAGGGCUGAACCAGCAAUCAAGCGACAGGCCACCAAGCUCAUGGAGGAGUGGUCGCGGCCCAUCCUCGGUAAAAGCGACGACCACACAAAGAAAGUCUGGCAAACCGCCAAUUAUGAUCCACAUAAGAAACGGGAAGCCCUUCCGGCUGCUAUUCCCAAGGCGAAAACAAAUGUUGCUCCUGGCGAGAGAGUCAGCAACAGGGCAAGGGUUCAGACAGGUCACUUGAGAUUUAACAUUGUACCGCAGGUCUCAUCCACUAUUGCCCAUCGCUAG